AUGGCUCCCAAGACCCAAAAAGCUCUCAUCGUCACCGAAAUCGGCAAGCCUCUUGUCCUACAAACAGAUCGGCCAGUCCCCCAACCGGGCCCAGGCCAGGUCCUCCUCCGCGUCACUGUAGCCGGGCCCAACCCCCACGACCAGAAGGCCCGCGACCGCGGCCUCUUCAUUGCCCAGUCCCUGCCUGCCGUCCUCACCAACGACGUGGUCGGCGAAGUCGUCGCCCUCGGCGCGGAUGUGACAAAGUACGCCGUCGGCGACCACAUUGUGUCCCAAGCUGGGUUUGACAAGGUUUAUGCCCAGAACGGUUUCCAGGAGUAUGCUAUUUCCGACGUCUUCGCCUCGGCCACGAUCCCCGAGGGCUUCACGGACGACGACGGGGCCACGCUCCCCACGAACGUUAUUGCCCCCGUCGUUGCGUUAUUCGACGCCUCGACGCUGGCAAUCCCUGCUCCCUGGACCGACGCCGCGUCAAGCUUCGACUACAAGGGGACGACGCUGCUGAUCAUGGGGGGCGGCAGCAAUUGCGGAAGGUUCGGUGUCCAGCUGGCCGCUCUGGCUGGGAUCGGGCGCAUCAUCGUGGUCGGCGGCGACGAGGCCGAGUUGAGAUCCUAUGGCGCCACAGAUAUCAUUGACCGCCACGCCUCGCCCGACGAACUCACCAAGCGCAUCCGGGAUCUCGUCGGCGACGAGCUGGUGUACGCCUAUGACGCCAUCAACCCGCCGCCGACUCAGACCAUCGCCAUCAAUGCCCUCUCUUCGACCAAAAAGGGCAAGCUCGCCCGCUUACUCCCCACUGGGGCCAUCGAUGAGUCUCAGGUCCAUGCCAAAAAGGAAGGCUAUGAGCUGGUCAACGUCUUUGGCAGCACGCAUGCCAAGCCCGACGUGUGUAAGCCGUUCUGGGAACUCGUGCCGCAGUAUUUGCUCGAGGGCAAAUUGAAGCCAAGUCAGUACGAGGUGGUCAAGGGGCUGGAUGUGGACAAGGUGAAUGAAGUCCUGGAUCGAUAUCGGGAUGGGAAGAGGGUGGUGAAGACGCAUUUCCACGUUUCCGAGUGA